CAUGCAGUCAGCAUAUUGCUGGAUCGAGAUUCUAGUUCAAGAUAAUUCUCCUGGGCAAGCGGCGGGUUUGGAGCCGUUCUUCGACUUCAUUGUUUCAAUCGGGAAUACUCGAUUGGACAAGGAUAAUGAUACAAUGAAAGAGAUUCUUAAGCAGCAUGUUGAAAAACCUAUAGAAUUGACGGUUUACAAUAGUAAAACGCAAACCGUUCGGCAGACAACUGUCGUACCUUCUGAAUUAUGGGGAGGACAAGGUCUUUUGGGAGUUUCCAUUCGAUUUUGUUCAUUUGAUGGUGCUAGUCAGCAUGUAUGGCAUGUAAUCUCUGUUCAGCCGAACUCGCCUGCCUCAAUUGCUGGGCUUCAGUCGAAUACAGAUUAUAUUCUUGGCGCAGAAAGUGUGUUGAACCAAGCAGAUGACCUUAUUGCCCUUGUACAGGCAAAUGAAGGCAAACCAUUGAAACUGUACGUCUACAAUGUUGACAGCGAUGUUGUCAGAGAGGUAAGUCUGACACCGAACUCAGCCUGGGGAGGAGAAGGCUGCUUGGGUUGCGAUAUUGGAUACGGAUAUCUUCACCGAAUUCCGAUAUCUGUGGAUCGCUCAAAAUCGCCUAUUCCACCUCCGGUCAUCGCACAACAACCAGCUAAGUUGCCGCAACCAGGUAACACAGGAAUUCCACAAAUUGAUCAGGUACUUGACCAAUCCUUUGAGUAAUG